GGGGGUGCAGAGUGAGGGAGAGGACUCCGCGAUGGCCUGCAGCACUGUGUUGAGGUCUGAAAGAAGGGUGAAGGAGUUCGGAGGUGAAGAGACUGGAGGGGUUCAAAGUUGGGGAGGGGGCUAUCGUGGCAGUUGGUGGAAAGGACCCUGGAUUUGGGGUUGAGGGAUCUCCACCCCGCGUUGGCUCAUCCACCAUGACCCUGGAUAAAUAAUCUCUCCCAACGUUGAUAGUUUGAUGUCGGUAAGAUGGGGUGCAAAGCACACUCCCUCUCUGAAGCUUGCUGACAACUGUACUGUGAUCAGAAAGAUGGCGCGGCCAAUCCAGGUGAAGCCUGCAGACAGCGAAAGCCGCGGAGGUAGGGACCGGAAGCUGUUUGUGGGGAUGCUGAACAAGCAGCAGUCGGAGGAGGACGUGCUGCGGCUGUUCCAGCCCUUCGGGGUCAUUGACGAGUGCACGGUGCUCCGGGGCCCCGACGGCAGCAGCAAAGGCUGUGCCUUCGUGAAGUUCUCCUCCCACACGGAGGCUCAGGCGGCCAUUCACGCCCUGCACGGGAGCCAGACCAUGCCGGGGGCCUCCUCCAGCCUGGUGGUCAAGUUCGCGGACACGGACAAGGAGCGAACGCUGCGGCGCAUGCAGCAGAUGGUGGGCCAGCUGGGCAUCUUGACACCAUCGCUCACCCUGCCCUUCAGCCCUUACAGUGCCUACGCUCAGGCUCUCAUGCAGCAGCAGACAACGGUCCUGUCCACCUCGGGCAGCUACCUGAGCCCCAGCGUGGCCUUCUCACCCUGCCACAUUCAGCAGAUUGGCGCCGUCAGCCUUAAUGGACUGCCUGCCACACCCAUCGCCCCUGCCUCUGGACUGCACUCGCCCCCGCUGCUCGGCACCGCUACUGUGCCCGGCCUGGUGGCUCCCAUCACCAACGGCUUCGCAGGUGUCAUGCCCUUCCCCGGUGGGCACCCCACCCUAGAGACUGUAUAUGCCAAUGGCCUCGUGCCCUACCCAGCUCAGAGCCCGACAGUUGCCGAGACCCUCCAUCCCGCCUUCUCCGGAGUCCAGCAGUACACAGCCAUGUACCCCACCGCGGCCAUCACGCCCAUCGCGCACAGCGUCCCCCAGCCGCCGCCCCUCCUGCAGCAGCAGCAGCAGCGAGAAGGUCCCGAAGGCUGUAACCUGUUUAUCUACCACCUCCCCCAGGAGUUUGGAGACACGGAGCUGACCCAGAUGUUCCUGCCCUUCGGCAAUAUCAUCUCCUCCAAGGUGUUUAUGGAUCGAGCCACCAACCAGAGCAAAUGUUUUGGCUUCGUGAGCUUUGACAACCCGACCAGCGCGCAGACCGCCAUUCAAGCCAUGAACGGCUUUCAGAUUGGCAUGAAGAGGCUCAAAGUGCAGCUGAAGAGGCCCAAAGAUCCAGGACACCCCUACUGACCUCGCCCACAGCCACCCUGAGGCUGUGGGCUUGGCCCAGAUCUUAUCCAGUAAGACCCCAUCCAAAAUAGCCUGUGCUGGUUUCAUUCCCAAGCCCGCCCACGUCUAGGAGGAGGAGAGUGCCAGGCUCCGGCUGCCAUCUGAGGUAGAGAUGGAAGAGCUCCACUCGGAGGCCCAACUUAGCUGAAUUCCAGUCUGGCCCUGGACAACCUCCCUCAGCCUCACUAUAAAGGAGGAAUAAGAAUACCCAUUUUAUAAGCUUUUAAAAGACUAAGUGCAAGAAUAUGUGCUGUUGUGUAGAAUCCACUGCUCUUUUAACUACAUAGCAUGUGGAUUCCGAAAUAGAAAAAGAAAGAACAAAUGAACAACUCGG